AUGGACUUGGAUGAAGCUUACGAGCUCCUAGAAUCUGGUAAUGUUGAUGUUCCAGAUAUUGAUGCAAUGCAGCUGCCUAAUGGGCGCCGGAUAGAAGAGGUGUCGGCGGCUACACUAUCUUGGGCUAAUGAAAAGAUUAGCAAAGGAUCCGUCUCUCUACUGGGAAGCCUGAACGCCAGGUGGGAUUGGACGAAGCCCUUCAGCCUCCUGGUCGACGAGCUAUGGCUACCGAAGAUUCCAGAGACUGAAAUAAGUUACAGGGCAUCCACCUACGCCAUGCAGACCUUCGAUGGGUCUCACUUUCAAAUAGUAUUUAUUGAAGUUGUCCUUCGAAAUACGGGCGAACUCCUAGUCUGUGUGGCGGAAUGGUAUGCAGGCAGCAAACUGCAUGUCUACAUUGAUCCCGAGGACGAGAAAAGGUUCUUUGGCAAGGAGCACGGACUGUUGCUGAUGAAUCACACGUACGAGAUUGACUGGCUAACCGCUUGGAUGAUCACCAACUUCGACCGCAACUUCGACCGCAACUUAAGUUCCAUUGAAAAAUCCAAACCAAGACCCACCAUGCUGUCCCAGUUGAAUGGUGAGCCCGUGGAGCCCUACAUGUACAUUCGACGAGUGCCACUGGAUUCCGUUCCAGAUGGUGAAAAGGAGGCCGCUGCCUUUAUGCUGGACUUCUUUGCGGAGAAGGACAAGAUCAUCGACAGUUUCCAUGAAACCGGUAGCUUCUUCAAGAAUUCCGGAGUCAAGGAGGUUCCCGAGAAGAUCUACAAACCGCGCCUGGCCUCCCUGCUGAACUUUUUGGGCUGGGCCACUGUAUCGGUCCUUUGUAUUUUGAACUACUUGGUCACCUCACUGGUUGCAGGCAACUGGACUGGCUUCAUCACCGUCAUAUCCAUCUUGGGAGGAUUCUAUGGCCUCAUGGAAUGCGCUGUCAAUGCUUUCAAAAUUAGCAAGGGCUCUGCUCAUGGAGCUACUGCUAAGAAAUAGAUUUUAAUACCAGAGUUUUGUAAACUUGGCGACAUUAUUUGAUGAGAUGUAAUCAUUACUCGACUGUGAAUUCCUAGAAAUAU